AUGUCUUCAUCAAGCGAUCUACGCAUCUCGAGAACCCUUGGAGCCCUCUUGGGCGUCCACUGCGGUGACUCGCUAGGUGCCACGUUCGAGUUCAUGCCCUGGUCGCGAAUCAUAAGGAAAUAUCCCAAUGGCUUGCGUGAAAUCGUCGGGGGCGGCACCCUAGACUGGCCUGUCGGCCACGCAACGGACGACACCGAUCUCACCCGCGCAGUCCUCCUAGCCUACGGAGACUACGAGGGGGAAAAACAGGCGGGGGGUGUAGAUUUCGUGGAAGGAGAAUUCAACAUUGCCAAAGCAGCAGCUGAGUAUGCACUCAAAUGGAACGAGGGCGACUGGCCAGGUCGCAAGAAAGGCACGCGUCCGAUUGACAUCGGGAACGCUACGAGGAUCGGCUUACAGAACUUCAAGAGGUUAAAGAAUCCAGCGAAGUCCGGGGCAGGGAUUGGCAGCGCAGGAAAUGGGAGUCUGAUGCGCUGCAUACCUACUGGGCUGUUUGCAUCAAAGGAGAGGCGACAGGAUGAGUCAAUGACUAUCAGCGAGUUCACCCACAAUGACCCGAGGUGCACAGUCGCUUGUGCAGCAUACAACGAGAUUGUUGCUUCUCUGGUCAACGACAAGUCGCUGCAAGAAGCUGUGGAGAUUGGCAAGACGGUAGCAGACGACUUGGGCUGCGCGGAGGUUGCACAUGCUAUUAGAGAGGGCGAGACGCUCCCUUUGGCGAGGAUCGCUACGGAGGGUCCCCGGCGUGACAUAGCAUUCACCCCGUGUGGUUACGUGCUCGACAGCCUGAAGCUCUCGAUUGCCGCACUACUGGAUCCGCGGUCUUUCGAAGAUGUGCUAGUAGACGUAGUCCGAAUUGGAGGAGAUAGCGAUACGAACGGGGCUAUUGCAGGGGGUUUACUUGGUGCAAGAGCCGGGAUAGAGGAAAUUCCCGAGCGGUGGUUGAAGAAACUGCAGUUUCGCGAUAUAUUCGAGGAAAUUGCGAUGUGCAUUCUACAGCUGCAAGAGAAUGAGAAGAAGCUACUUGAAAGGGUACACAAGGAGGAAUAA